ACCAAAAUGGCAUCGGGGACAGUAACGAACGCCACUUCCUCUGGAGGAUCAAAUGACGUGAGCCUGGAGGAACCAAAGAAGAUGACAAGGGAAGACUGGAGGAAAAAGAAGGAAUUAGAAGAACAAAGAAAACUAGGAAAUGCACCUGCUGAAGUGGAUGAAGAAGGAAAAGACAUCAAUCCUCACAUUCCUCAGUACAUAUCGUCAGUACCGUGGUACAUAGAUCCCUCUAAAAGACCUACGCUAAAGCAUCAGAGACCUCAGCCGGAGAAGCAGAAACAGUAUAGCUCCUCUGGAGAUUGGUACAAACGAGGAGUUCAAGAGCAUGCUAUAGCAACUAGAUACCGUAAAGGAGCCUGCGAGAACUGUGGGGCAUUGACACACAAAAAGAAAGAAUGCAUGGAGAGACCCAGGAAAGUUGGAGCAAAGUACACAGGCAUGAAUAUUGCACCAGAUGAACACGCGCAGCCUCAGCUGAUGUUUGAUUAUGAUGGAAAGCGGGAUCGCUGGAACGGCUACAACCCAGAAGAGCACAUGAAGAUUGUAGAGGAAUAUUCCAAGGUUGAUUUG